AUGGGUCAAAAGGGUAUAUUUACGGUUCACAAAAUUGGCAAGAAUGUUGGGGAUUGUACUCAUCUUUUACGCUACCCUUUUUUAUAUAAAAGACCUUCUUGUUUGACCGGUUUUCUCUCGACAUCCUGUUCACUCUUUCGCACUCUACAUUUACUUGCCGUUUCUGUAGUUACUCCUGUUGUAUUCAAAGUUAAAUUACUAGUAGCACUAAAGACAACUUUCAUCAUGUCGUUUCAGUAUCCUUUAUCGUCUCCAAUUUUUAAACAGUCAGCUUCUGGGAAUGUUUCGCUGUCACAGCCCGAAAUAUUUGGGUUGGCGGAACCAACUAAGCAGCAACUCAGUAACUGCGACUAUCUGACUCCUAUUCAGUCUUUGAACACCAGCGACCAGUUGUUACCUGUUAAGGGGAGUCUUUGCAAUGGCAGCUCCAGUUCUAGGAUUUCGUCAUUGAGGAUUCCACGCAAAAAACACGUCAUUGUGAAGAUUCCAUCUUUCAGCGGAAGUAGUGUCGAUGAGCUGGAUUGCAGUAGCGUUAGAACAGUGCAAUUGGAUCCAAGGUGGGACUCUACGUAUACAAUUGGUUGUAACGAGGCUUUGUGCAAUUUUCAUCUUCCAAACUUCGGUACCGUUUCAGGACAACAUCUGCUAUUGAAGUACCUUCGUAGUACGAACCAGGUUUAUGUCAAGUGUAUCGGUACAACAAACGUUAUUAUUACACUUCCAAGAUGUUUGGGGCUUCAUUUGCACGAAAUGGCCGAGAAGGAGUAUAAACUCACUUCGGUGCAACCAUGCAAUGUAAGCGCCGAGGGAAAACAGCUCUUCAAGAUGAAAGGUAUGACCGCAUUUUCACUCAAAGUGGGUGAGAGUAUCAUUAUGCCAUUCAUGAAUAAAACUGUUGUGGACUUCAAACAAACAUUUCUGAUGAUUUGUAUGAAACAACUGUCCUCUGAGGAUUUAAAAAACGAUGAGGAAGAAUAUGUUUCGGACGGCUCAUUGUCCACCCAUGACGAUAUUUGGGCUACUCAGUGGCAGUUCAUUACUGCAACAAGAUCAAGCAGCCCUUCGCUAUAUCUUUUGGAUAACCCACAUCCCUCCCCCUCAUUAUCCGUUACCCCAGAUAGCGGCAGCAAGACGCCAGUCUCAAUUCUGACCACAAAGAGGACAAGAGAGGAAGGGGAAGAACUUUAUGACAAACAGGCCUANNNAAUUAUGGAACAAUCUACAAACAAGCAUGUCACUUUUGAAGACACGGAGUCUGUCUUGACCAACGAAGAAAUAAUUGCACACCUGACAAGGUCUGGCGUCGAUUGUCUGGCGUUACGGAGUGUUUUAAGCAAUUAUCUGGCAUUCGGCAAAGUCCAACAGACUCCAUUGUCUCGGCUAAAGGGUGUAAAUUCUGUUACGAGGUCUCUUACUACAUCACAGCUACGUGCUCUUUGGUCCAAAGAAGUCUGUAUCGGUGUUAUUUAUCCUCAUGGAGAGGAUGCCGCCGGUAACCCUUCAGAGGAGGAAUAUUUCUACGACUUGGAAAAUGAUACUGAUAAGACAAAGAAAUCAAUUGUUCGGAGCAUAAACGGUGAUCAAACAAGCCUCGCGUCCUGUAAAAGAACGCAUGAACAUUAUCAUUGGAAGAGACCUAAAAGGUGA